GACACCGCUGGCCAGUUCAUCGCUCUCUCCCUCUCCCUCUCCUAUUUCCUCCUCGAAUUCCCUGUCCGUUCUCAACGGCGAGCUCUCAAUAUACCGUGCUUGCUGUCGCUGGUCGAACUGUGGUCGAUAUGACUGCAAUGGACGCCUCGCAGGUGUCUCCUGGUAUCGAGUCUACCCCCGCUCCUGCCGUCAGUAGCCUCCGCUCGCGGUUCGAGCAGCUCGCUGCGGAUACCGCUGCCACCUCUGUGACGAGCAGGCCAUCCAGUACUUAUGGCUAUCUGUCUCCGGACCCAUCUGGCUCUCGUCCGCGCGCGAAUUCGGCCUUCAUCGAGGCCAAGCAGGAUCUCCAUGCAUUGCGGCCAGCCUCGUCUUCUUCUGAUCUUAAGUCUGGCACGAAAAGACCCCCUCCGCCUCCUCCCACUCGUCAUUCGGGCUCGUCGUCACCAUCGCCGCGUCCUAGCCCGCUUCUGCGCCCGGUCAUUAUUCCUGAUCCUUCGCCGUCCCCGCUGGUCACCGAAAGCAUCCUGGUCUUAGAUAGCCGGCCUUCUUCAUCUGUUAAUCCCACUGCAUUAGCUCGAAAGCCUCCUCCGCCACCGCCUCUCCUUGAACACAGGUCUGAAAGUACUGCCUCACAGCGCAGUUCCGCCGUUUCAUCUCUUGUGAGCAAGUUCGGGUAAGUGCCCCAAUCUCUUCAUCUUUCAGAUUUCUUGCUAGACCACCUCUUGCGCUACGUUGGAUGCUACUCGAACGCGUUCAAUCGCGACCACAAGCUCAAGUAUGUGGUGAGCUGCACUCGGACGAGCACAAG